AUGAGGAGGAUAUUGACGAAAAAGUGGACAGUAUUCGGGCAACGAUCUUUGAGAUUUUCGAUGGAGAGAUCCCGGAGUAUAAAACGCAUCAAGUAUAUUCACAGAUAUACGCUUGUAAAAGGAAGGGCUCACUCCGAAAAAAAAGGCUGUUCUGAGCCGGGCGUUUCAUGUUUUCAAGCAAUUCACAAACUCGACGAUUGGAUUUACACAGAGCCAACCGAGGAGAGCAAUUAUGUUGUGAUU